AUGGCAUCUGUCAAAGAGCAGAAAGCCAUAGCCAUCAUGGUUUUCCUGCAGGAAUGGGAUAGUGCCCACAAAGUUGCUCAAACAACUUGCAUCCUCAACAGCUUCAUUAAAACAAGAUACCUUACUGAAUUUCUGGAGAUCAGAGGUGUCUUGAUUCCUCUGGAAAUACUGAGGCUGAACCACCUAAAAGAAGAGGACAAAAGAGGGUUUAUAAAGCUGCUGUUGCUCACUGGAGACACUGGCAGGGAGUAUGAGGAGCUCAUUUGUGAAAGCUGUGGCACACAGCAUACCAAGUUCUUAAACGCCUCCAACACAGCAGCAGGUCAAAAAGAUGCACAGGUUCUGCUGGACUCUUUGGGCCACAGCAACCCCAAGUACCAGAGCCAAGAUUCGCAAGGCCUCGAAGCUGUGCUGUUGUGUACCGCCCCCCAAGCCCAGCACGGGGCUCAGGCAGAACUCUGUGAAGACUGUCCCAGUCACUAUGCCCCUUCCCCCCAGGACAGGAUGGGAGAUGUGCCCGGUCUGUUCAUGGAGCCCGUGCUGGGUGUGCUCUGCUCAGUACACCCGGAGGUCCAGUACAAAGCUCUGAUCCGUGGCGGCGGCGUAUGGUGA